CGACCCAGCUUGCCUUAAGCUGCGGGCUCGCGGCUCGGACGCCACUCUCCGCCAGGCCCUCGCCUCGGCUCCUCCUCUCGCGGCCCCUGGGCUCCCCGGCGGCGGCAGGAUGAAGUGCAAGCCGAACCAGACGCGGACCUACGACCCCGAGGGCUUCAAGCAGCGCGCCGCGUGCCUGUGCUUCCGCAGCGAGCGCGAGGACGAGGUGCUGCUCGUGAGCAGCAGCCGCCACCCCGACCGCUGGAUCGUGCCGGGCGGCGGCAUGGAGCCCGAGGAGGAGCCGUGCGGCGCGGCCGUGCGCGAGGUGUUCGAGGAGGCGGGCGUCAGGGGCAAGUUGGGCCGGCUGCUGGGCGUCUUCGAGCAGAACCAGGCCCGCAAGCACCGAACCUACGUGUAUGUGCUGACGGUCACCGAGCUGCUGGAGGACUGGGAGGACUCGGUGAGCAUCGGCAGGAAGCGCGAGUGGUUCAAAGUGGAGGAUGCCAUCAAGGUGCUGCAGUGCCACAAGCCGGUGCACGCCGAGUACCUGGAGAAGCUCAAGCUGGGCGGCUCCCCAACGCACGACAGCCCCGUGGCCGCGGCGCCGCCGCCCCCGCCGCCGCCGUCCGGCGAGCCCCAAUGAACAGCGAAGAUGUUCAGGAUCGCUCUGAAAGAGUCACUGAAGUGAACCUAGUGAUCAACGGAAUUGGCAAGUGCACGUGAGCGCGUCUGUGUUCCCAAGGAGACCGCUCAUCUGCUUUUCCUCUUACGUCUUGGAACACUCCACGCUGUCAAGUCCACUGGCUCCUCUUACUCUGGUUGUUGUAGUACUGUACGUGAACAGACUCUUAAUCCAGCACCUAUAGCCUUUUGUUGUGCUUCUUUGAUGUGUCUGCCUUCUGCAUUAGACUGUAUCAAGAGCAAAGACUAUUUUUAUUUACCGUUUGCAUAUCCUGAAUUUGAGACAUUACUUGAAAUAUGGUUGGCAUUACUGAAGGCUCUUUGAUUCAGCUAGUAUUUUGUAAUUGCUGUCUGGCAAAACAUGCCCCUUCCAAUCUGGUGCUAGUAGAGUAGAUACUGUCUAGGCACCACGUGUGUGGCUUCUGUACAUCAGGUGUUUCCAAGGCAGUUCUAAGAUGUUUGAGGACAAGAAUUAUUAGUCAUAUAUCUGUCAUACCACACAGUGACUGGCACAGUUUUAAGAUUACUCCAUUACUUAAGGCAGCGUUUUGUAGAAUCAGCCCUUCAUGUAACAACUUUAGUGUUUUUGUACUGUUGUUAAUUUGCUUAAAAUUUUACUGACAAACUAACACUUGCUAUAAAGGUAAUUAUAAAAAUAAAUACAAUGGAUACAAGAGAGUAUUGUGUUUUUAUAAAAAUACACUUUAAAUAAUAUACAGAUAACAUGUUUAAGGUUUUUGCAAUGCCCUCAACCCCUUCUUACAUGUAAUUGUAACAUCUCUUUGAGGGAAACAUUGUUUUUCUCAAUUUACUGAUUCAGUACACUGGAUUCAUUGAUGCCAGAGCCAAGAAAGACUGCAGUACAGGCAUUUUCCAAAGUUAAUUAUGCUGUUUAGUUUUUCCUGUCUCCCUGAUUGGAUUGGCCACCAUUUUAACCCCUUUUGCAGUCCACCCAGUCCUUCAGUCCACCUGGUCUCUGCUCAAGAGAAUGCAGAGGGCUGAAUCCUAAAUUGUUAUCUUGGAAAAGGCCUUGGACAAAGAGGCUGUCAUGAAUGAGGAACACAAAAUGAAAGAUUUUAAAAAGAGAGGACAUGGGUCAUCUGCCUCUUGCAGAGCGUGUUCAAGAAAAAGGCCAAGCUGUUUAGAGGAAACUGUAUGGGGUUUUGCUGUGGCUGAGUGAUGGAAGCACUCUUUGCGAACUGCUUACAGAGGCCCCAUGUGACUCUAACGUGGUAGCUGUUUACAUUUUCUUUGGCAUUGUAAAGCAAUUGCAUUAAGGCAAACUUGGACCCCAUUGCAGUGGCACACCCUUCUUCCAUGGGACCAGGGCAAAGUAUUGACCGUGCCCCCAGUUCUUGAAAUACAAACACAUCUUCCCACUAUAUUGGCUUUAUUAUUAGGUAUAAGAUGCUACUAUGGUUAUGUUUUUAAGAAAAUUCUUAUCUUUUAGAGAAAUGUAUUGAAAAAUUUACAGAUGAUAUGCUACUGAUAUUUGCUUCAAAGUAAUCUGAGGGUGGGGUAGAUGAGUGCAUAAAUGAAACACGGUUGACUAUAAAUUGCUAUUGAUGCUGUGUGAUGAAUGUUUGAGAAGUCAUUAUACUAUUCUCUAUACUUUUGUAUAUGUUUGAAAUUUUCCAUAAUAAAAAUUGAAAAUAUUCUUCAGA